GACUAGGCAAAAUCAAAGUAGUGUGACUCAGUUGAGUUUGAGGACAACCCCAAUCCAUUAACACCAAUCCAGCAGCUACUAGAAACUACCUGCACGAGAGAGCUGCUGGCUGCCCUCCCCUGUGACGUCAAGGCGCCCCGCAGUGUCAGUGAUUUCUGUAAAGACGCUGGAGGACGAGACGGCCCAUCAGCAACACACCACUAUCAGAUUUGGGUCUACCGGAACUUAUCGGACAUCUAAAACCUGCACGCGUGAAAAGAACAACUCUGAGUCUAUAAAAAAUACGACGGACUUAUUUUCGGCUGUGCGGUCUGGGGAAAUCGCGCGGUGAACUCUCGAUCGGUCGCGCGCCUCUGCCGUACUGUCGGGCUCGCGCUGGACAGCAGUCGGUGCCGCUGCUGAUGGAUAUUAUACUCUCCGAACAGAUAAACAACAUACGUUCACAUACAGUCUGAGUUCUCGUGCUUGAUAUUUAACUGUCUGAGCGAAGCGUCAUUUGCAUGGGUGGAGUUGCAGUGCGUCGGUUAAUUAUGCAAGCGCUCAUUGAUAAGGGAAGCACAUAGCGCGCUAGCAUCGCAUGCUAACCGCUGUCCAAUGUUAUGACAGUGAUAUGCACGCCUAUUGCGUUUUAUCACGCGCGGCAUUCCUGUGCGUUUGAUUUGGAUGCUGGUCCCGGGCACGAGCAUUCAAUGGAUUUCCGGAAAAUAACUUCUCCCUUAUUUCAUUGACAUGGCAAACGGUUAACCCGGGCAGGCCUAGCUAGCCACUGUGUUAGCUAGUAGUAUGAAAUCAGUGCAAACCUGCGACCAUAAUAAUGGGUUAUUUUGUAACGGUGUAAAAAAUAUAAUAACAUAUCUUAUAGAUAUGGAUAACGUAACUGACUGACAGCCGGUUGUAUUCACUUAAUAACGGGCAGCUUGCUUACAGCCAACUUGACAUAACGGGUUUUUAAAACCUCGAAAAGUGGCAGGCGCGCGCAUGUUUCACACCAUGCACUUUUUUAAGGCAAAAUCGGGCUGUGUCACUGAAGCAAUCGCUCGGAUAACAGACACACUGCCUCCGGCUAGUUAGCUAGUCGUCUGACAUUAACAAACUAACAUGCCAGGCGAUUUCAUGCUCUAAAUAAGAGUAGCCGUUUACACACAGCUCACGUCGAAUCCGGCCAAGCAGCCUUGAGUGGACGUAGCGGACUGUCAUUGAGAUAGUUAGUGGGAUGCCCUAAAAACUUGAACCAUGUCGAGCAAAUCUUCGAGCAAAGAGAAGAAGUCCGGCUUCAGCAAGAAGCUUUUCCGCCGGGGCUCGGUUCGGUCCGUUGGGAGUUUUAUGAGCAGAGUCCUGAAGACUCUCUCCACGCUUUCUCACUUCGGUUCCGAGUUGCACGCGGCGGAGGGCGACAAGGACGACGGGGGUUUCACCGCGUUCAAGAGCGAGGGCAAGGGAUCCGUCGCGUCCGAUGAGAGCGACUGCGGGGGAUUUCUGCCCCGAGACAAAGUGCCCGGACUGGCCGGUCUGAAAAACCACGGCAAUACUUGUUUCAUGAACGCUAUUUUGCAGUGCCUGAGCAACACGGAGCUCUUCGCGGAGUAUUUGGCUCUGGAGCAGUACCGAGGAGAUGACACGGACGAUGAGAAACCCAACACCAACGGUGUUGUGCAGCGAAAAGGUUGCCAGGACCGGGGAGAGGUGACCGAGCAGCUGUCUGGAUUGGUCAGAGCCUUGUGGACCUUUGAAUACACGCCACAACACAGCCGAGACUUCAAAAGCGCUGUGGCCAGGAGUGCCAUGCAGUACCGGGGAAAUGCACAGCACGAUGCCCAAGAGUUUCUCCUUUGGCUUCUCGACCGCGUCCAUGAAGACCUGAACCAUCUUGUGCUCCCCAACAGCAGACCAUCUGUAAAGCCACCUCUUGAGGAAGAUGAUGGAGCAUUAGAGGGACCUUCACCUCCUCUUUCAGCUGGCUCAUUUGUCCAAGAGCUCUUUCAGGCUCAAUACAGAUCUUCGCUUACCUGUCCACACUGUCAAAAACAGAGCAACACUUUCGAUCCUUUUCUCUGCAUCUCCCUCCCGAUUCCAUUACCUCACACACGGCCUCUUUAUGUGACCGUGGUAUAUCAAGGCAAGUACUCUCACUGCAUGAGGAUCGGUGUGGCCGUACCACUCAACAGCACUGUGUCCAGAUUGAGAGAGGCUGUAUCACGUGAGACUAAGAUACCUCCAGACCAGUUUGUCCUGACUGAAAUGUAUUACGAUGGUUUCCACCGCUCCUUUUGUGACGAUGACGACGAUCUUGAUAUCAUUCAAGAAAGUGACUCAAUCUUUGCUUUUGAAACUCCUGAGACUUUUAGAUUAGAAAACAUUCGCUCUAAACGAGGGAGCCUCCUUGCAAACCUCAAUCAGAACAAUUUAAAAUAUGGAGCAGAGAACACCCGAACGCCGUCUUUCAUGCAGGGUGAAAUGAAUCCAGCAUCACCCAACAAAAACAGUGGAAGUGAAAAAAUGAUUCUGCUGGUCUGUAACCGAGCAUGCACUGGACAUCAAGGACGGAGGUUCGGACUGCCUUUUGUACUGUAUUUGGAGCGCACUGUGACUUGGGAUUUGUUGCAAAAAGAAAUUCUGGAGAAAAUGCGUCAUCUGCUAAGGCCAGGAGUUUACAUUCAGGUGGGACCCUUUAGUCUGCGUGUGGUCGGUGUGGUUGGAAUCACCUAUCUGUUACCACAGGAAGAUCAACCACUAUGUCACCCCACUGUGGAAAGAGCAUAUAAAUCCUGUGGGCCUGGAGGACCUCCACAUGUUAAGAUUGUAGUGGAGUGGGACAAAGAGACCAAGGAAUAUCUGUUUGGACACACUGAGGAAGAGUACAUCCCUGAUGCUGAAAGUGUGUAUAUGCACAGAGAGCAACACCAUCAGCCGCAGGCCUGUACCCUCGCUCAAUGUUUCCAACUCUACACCAAAGAGGAACAGUUGGCUCCAGAUGAUGCCUGGCGCUGCCCCCACUGCAGGCAACUGCAACAGGGUCGGAUUAAACUCAGCUUGUGGACCUUGCCCGACGUUCUCAUACUGCACCUAAAGAGGUUUAGACAGGAUGCGGACAGGAGGGUGAAGAUGCAAAACAUGGUACGAUUUCCUUUGAUUGGCAUGGACAUGGCACCACAUGUGGUGAAGAGAAGCCAAAGUAGUUGGAGCCUACCCUCCCACUGGUCACCAUGGAGGCGACCUUAUGGACUUGGCCGCAAUCCGGACGACUAUCUUUAUGACCUGUAUGCUGUGUGUAAUCAUCAUGGCAACAUGCAUGGAGGACAUUACACGGCUUACUGUAAGAACUCCAUUGAUGGACAGUGGUAUUGCUUUGAUGACAGUGAAGUUCAGCCUGUAGCUGAUGAGGAUGUCUGCCAGCAGACCGCAUACAUUUUGUUCUAUCAAAGGAGGACAACUAUUCCCUCCUGGUCAGCAAACAGCUCGGUUGCAGGCUCCACCAGCUCAUCUUUAUGCGAACACUGGGUUAACCGGCUCCCAGGCAGCAAGCCCCCCAGUCUGGCCUCAGGAGCCUCCUCUAGACGCACAUCCUUGAUCUCCUUGGCCGAGUCUGGGGAGUUUCCUGGUGAUCGCAGUGAAGACGAUGCUUUAGCGCUUACUAACACAGGAUCUCCCGCCUUGCUCAGAGGAUUCUCAACGCGGCCCUUCGUGAGGAGCAUUCAACGUCAGAGCUUGUCCUCCAGAUCUUCAGUUACCAGCCCUCUGGCCUUCAGUGAAAAUGGGAUGAAACCUUCCUGGUCUUUGUCAACAAAACUACAGAUAAGAUCCAACUCACCCUCACGAUUCUCUUUGGACUCCCGCUCUUCUCCUCCGUUAGAAAGGAUUGGAGAGACUUGUGAUGACAAGGUGUCCACAUCUUGCUUUGGCAACUACAGCAGACAUGAACGCCAACCCAGCAGUAAGGCUCCUCUGGCCAUGAUGGAGGGUAACGGAAGCGAUGACAGCAAUGGGAAACGGAUCCUGGAUGAGGCCUAUUGCCGAGCUCCGGUACAGGCUGACAAAAAGAGCUCUAAAGGUGAGCCUGUUGACAACAACAACCAGAUUAAUGCUGUGGAUCAGAACACGCUUGGAGCGCUCUCUAAAGAGCAGAAGCAAAAGAUCUCCGGAUCGGUUCAGAAAGCAGAAGGAUCCGGCAGCAAAAAGAGCUCCACCAAGACUAAGGGUGACCAAGAGAAGUCUGUUAAGAAGCGCCAAAGCACUAUUACAAAGUCUCCAUCUUCACAAGUGUCUUCCAGCCCUCAAACAAAGGGCACCAGAUCGACUAGUCUCAAAGAAAAGAGCGAUUCUCCCAAGAGUACAAAGGGUACACCUUCUGGAACCCCCUCUAGAAGGAAAGAGUCACUGGCACAAGUGUCUCCAGUGUCAGGAGGGAUAAAAGGGAAGACGCCUCUCACUUCCACUCCACAAUCCUCUGCCUCUCCGUCACCCACAUCCAAGAAAAGCUCCUCAGUGGCUGAGAGAAGCUCAAUCUCUGGCAAGAAAAAGCUGGUGGAGAGAGGCACCAGUCCCCUAGCAGAGAAGUCCAGAGCCAGUGCCACCCCACGGACAUCCCAGCCUAGAAGUACAGAGGGAAGCCGUCCAGAGAGGAGGCCGGUUAGAAGCUCCAGCAGUAGUUCCUCAGUCACCAGCCUGCGCUCCCCAAGCGUCUCCUCAAGAGACCUCCAUCGCUGCAGCAAGUCAGAGGACAAGGGACUCUCGUUUUUCAAAAGCGCACUUAGGCAGAAAGAGACCCGCCGGUCUGCCGACCUGGGCAAGGCCUCAAUUCUUGCCAAGAAGGCUGCUGAGAGGACAGCCAGAUCCAACAGCCAGCAUAAACUCAAUAGUGCCGAAGACGGGGAAGGUUCGGGAAACUCCUCCAAGCAGGUCUCUCCAGAGUCACGUGCCACCGAGGAGAAAGAGUCCUCCAAAACAUCGACCCCUGUCAAACGCUCCCUUUUACCAGUAGGCAAGUCGAAGUCUUCCAAUUCCGAGACUAGUCUUCAGUCUCCUAUCAAUGGGAAGAAGCCACUUGAAAAGGUGGCAUCCUCUAGAAAGCUUUCUUCCAGCAUGCAAUCCUCUGCACGGCCAACAAAGACGCCUCAAUGAUUUUUUAAUAGCAGUUUCAUUAUUUUCUGUAAUGCAGCUAUUUUUUGAUGUGCCUAAGAAGAAUAUAAAGUAUAUAGUAUAUACCUGUAUUUUACUUUUCUCAAAGAAAAUAUGUAAAUUAUCAGAAGCGCCUUUCUAUCCUGCCAUGGAACCAAAUCGUUGCCUCUGGCAAGGUAUGGUAUAUGAAUCUACUACUGUUUAUGACUCUGAAUAGGAAUGUUUUAACUUAGCACUUUGUACAUAUUUUCUCCCUCAAAUAACUCUAAUAGGUGACAUGUAAAAUACUUUAUAACUUAUUUUUUUUCUUUCUUUAGACUAGUCACUUGUAAUGAAAUUCAAAUCUUGUGAUACAGUAUAUUCCUUGGAGCACCGUACCAGCGUGCUCCACUUCUACACUUGGUGCUAUUUAAAGUCCGGUGGUCCCCUGGCACUGAUACAGUGUAAGAUUAGGAAGAGUUACGUCAUGCAGAAUUUGAAACUGUAGACCUACUGGGGUUCAGCAGUGAACAAUCUUAUCGGUACCUCUCAACGCCUGCUUUCGAAUCCCAACUAUUUCUUUUUGUAGUAGAGAGUAGCUACAAGUGUUCAAGUAGCAUUACUGCCCUUAGAAAUGUGCGCAACAAUGCUAACGAAGUUGAUCUUUCGAAUAGUAAAUUAGUGGAGGACAAUCUUAAAGCUCAGUCUGUUUAUUCCAGAGAUCUUAACGGAUGAAGUGUAGGCCCUGCAUGGUAACUCAGUUUUUUUUAUGAAAAUUUAAGAGAUACAUGGUCACACUUGAACCAUUUUAUGUUCGCCAAAUCCAAUGCUAACUUAUAGGCGCAGUUUUAAUUUUGCUGGCUUUGAUCCCUUGUGCGAGUAUCUCCAUAUUUAUCUGUGGACAACCAGUGCAAUAGUUUUCAACACUUUAUAGCAGAAAAGAUAAAGACUAUUCGAGAAACGUAACCCUAAUGUCAUUUUAUUUGGAAAACUAACGAUUUUAAAAAUUAAUACUGUGCAUAUGCAAUAUUAAUGGACUACAUUUAAUCAAGGUAUCACAACCAAAUUUUCAGAAAUGUCAUCAUUUGCCUCACAUUCAUUUUUAAUUAGCUGUUUUUUUUGUGUGAUUAGCGCUUAAUUUACAGCCCGUUAUUGUAAGCUACUCCACACAGAGAUCUUUACUUCGUGUACUUCUUAGUGGCACAGACGCCUUAAAAUAUUUCCCUUCUCCAGUAAGCCGAAACAAGUUCAUCCGGCUCAAAAUGUUAUUCGUGAUAGUAGAAAUGUAAGUCAUGAGGAUUUUGUGACAUCUGCAUAAUGGUGUCAUUACAUCAGCUACUAUUCAGCUCACUGCCUUGUAAUUAAAUCAUUAAUCCAAGCAGUGCUGAUGCCACUGUUGAACCCAUCUUUUUGUAAGGCUGCCUUUUGGUCUCCAAAACGCACCCUUAUCUUUCGAAACACUUUAUACUAAAAACAAAUACUUUAGCAGUCAACAUGCUAAUAUGUAGCAACCAUGUUUUUAUUUUGCGACAGGCCCAUAUUGUGUGUGUACACUGAAAAAGUGUUUGUAAAAAAAAGCAGUAUUGCAUGAUAAAACUGACGCAUGCACUUAACUAUGCAAGUGACCGUUGCUAAACAAAACUAUGUCUGCUUUUUUAAGUACACCAGAGAGCAUGAAUCCUUUCCUUUAUUGCUUUUUGCACAAUUUUUUAAUUUCUUAAAUAAUGUAAUAUAAGUACAUAAAUUAUUAGCUUUAUAUGGCUGAUCCAAGUAUAUCAUUCGGCGUUGUAUUCUCCACUUCAUUGCCGUUUUCUUUUAUUAUUAAUGCUAUUAUUACUUUAACUCAUAAGGUGUCUAAGGGUAUGACCUUUCUUUCUCCACGUGUUUAAGUUUUAUAUUUUUAUACUUCGAUUCGCAUUUUGCUGGUCAUGCUGUCAAAUGUAGUAUGUAAGUUCAUAUAUGUUACUCGUGUUUAUUACCUGCAGUACUGACAUGCUCAACACUAAUUCCCGUCAUUCCACGUCUUAAGUUGUGAAGUUGCUGGACCAUGGCACAUAUGGUUUGAGCCAUAUGCUAGAUGUGUACGGAGAAGUGCUGUUACUUCUCUACUUAAGUCUUAUUGCAUAUAGGAUAUAUUAAAUUGCUCAUAUAGCUCAAGACGCCUAAUAUGAGAAGCUUUGUAUAGGACAGAUUAUUUUAUCAUUAUAAUAAAGACUUGCGGUAUGAUAUGCGUGCCCUUGGUUUACACACUGGACUUGAAUGAAUUAUCUUUGUACCAGAGCAGUUUUCGCGUACUGUUCACAAACUGGUACCCACUUGAUGGGCUGAUAACUGGACUGCCAUUUUAUUAUAUUUACAGUCUGGGUCGACCAAAAGAGGAAAAUAAUAUUUGGUUUGAGCAAAAACCACGUAAAUGUUUGGUUGCAUGAGACUGCGUCAAAUGCUUUAAUUUAUUUGUACGUUUUAUGUGUGUAUGCACUUUUUUAUUUUGAAUUACUUUUUUAUCGUUUCGAAGAAUGCAUUUGAUUUGUAUUCAUGACAUUGUCUCCCCAAUGUAAGUUGGAGAUUGAAUUAUAAUUAAAAUAUGGACUUGUAUUAAA